AUGGCCGUCCUCCCGCAGGCCACGCCGCUGCUGCUCACCAAGCGUCUCAACGCCUUUCUGCGGGCGCACACGUCGCCGCAGCUGCCGACGCUGCUGCUGACCACCAGCCACGGCAAGCUCCUCGCGCACGCCUCGUCGGCCGCGCAGCAGCCCGUCGCCGUGCUGCGCACACACGCCACCGUCGCCGCCUCGCUGCUCGCCAUCCACACGGCGUCGUCGGCCGCGCUUCCUGCCGCGCUGCCCGGGAGCCACCACGCCGCUGCGGCGGCCGCCGACGCGAACGAGAGCGGCGACGACGACGACGACGAUGACGAGACGGCGCGCGGCACCGACGACGAGGCGGACACGAGACAGCUCGCGCCCGUAGCGCCCGGCGCGGCCGUCAAGCCCGUCACCAUUACGGUGCAGCUGAGCGGCGGUACCGUCAUCAUUCGGCGUCUGCGGUGCGGCUUGCUCCUGGUCUGCGUCGGGCCGACGUCCGCGUCGUCGUCGUCGUCGUCGUCCGCGGCCGGCGAAGCCGCCACCGCGUCCUCGUCGUCUGGCCCGUCGUCUACCGCCGGGGGACCCACGACUACCCCAGGCGGCAUCGCGGCCGUCACGCAGGCCCUGGAGAGCGCGGACUUGCUCGGCGCCGCCGCCGCCACCACCAGCACCACGGCAGGAGCCGGGGGCGAGACGGAGAGCCUGGCCAGCGUGGGUGCGCAGACGUCGUCGACGACGACGAGUGCUGAGGACGGCUCGGCGUCGGCUGCGGCGGCAUUGUCCAUCGUGGCUAUGCGGAGGCACACGUCGGACCUGGCGCGCUGGCUGGAUGACAAGCUUGGCACGCUGUCGGUGCCCGAGGAUCGCACCGGCGCCGAGUAA